CGUUGAUUGACAGACCGGAAACAAGCUGUCAUUGAGAGGAGGCAAGAUGGCAGCCGCGGCAGUGGCUGAGUUUCAAAGAGCCCAGUCUCUUCUCAGUUCAGACCGGAAUGCAUCUAUCGAUAUUUUACAUUCAAUAGUAAAGCGGGACAUCCAGGAGAGCGAUGAGGAGGCAGUGCGUGUCAAAGAGCAGAGCAUCCUGGAGCUGGGUGGUCUGCUGGCUAAGACGGGCCAGGCUGCAGAGCUGGGCGGUCUCCUGAAGUAUGUUCGGCCAUUCCUGAAUUCCAUCAGCAAGGCCAAGGCGGCGCGGCUGGUGCGCUCRCUGCUGGACCUGUUUCUGGACAUGGAGGCAGCUACAGGCCAGGARGUGGAGCUGUGUCUGGAGUGCAUCGAGUGGGCCAAGGCUGAGAAGAGGACAUUCCUCAGACAGGCCCUGGAGGCUCGUCUCAUCUCUCUGUAUUUUGACACAAAGCGGUAUCAGGAGGCGCUUCAUCUAGGCACCCAGCUACUCCAGGAGCUGAAGAAGAUGGAUGACAAGGCCCUGCUGGUGGAGGUGCAGCUGCUGGAGAGUAAGACGUACCACGGCCUCAGCAACCURCCCAAGGCCCGUGCCGCCCUCACCUCUGCACGCACCACCGCCAACGGCAUCUACUGCCCGCCCAAGCUACAGGCCGCCCUGGACAUGCAGUCAGGGAUCAUCCACGCAGCAGAGGAGAAGGACUGGAAGACGGCCUACUCUUACUUCUACGAGGCCUUCGAAGGCUACGACUCCAUCGACCACCCCAGAGCGAUCACCUCUCUCAAAUACAUGCUGCUCUGCAAAAUCAUGCUCAACCUUCCUGAGGAGGUCCAGGGUCUCGUCAGUGGAAAGCUAGCCCUGCGGCACGCCGGGAGACAGACAGACUCUCUGAAAUGYGUGGCGCAAGCCAGCAAGAACCGGUCGCUGGAGGAUUUUGAAAAGGCCCUGACAGAGUACAGAGGUGAGUUGAGAGAUGACCCCAUCAUAAGCACACACUUGACCACGCUCUAUGACAACCUGCUUGAACAGAACCUCAUCCGUGUCAUCGAGCCAUUCUCCAGGGUACAGAUGGAACACAUUUCCACCCUCAUAAAACUCUCCAAGGGAGAUGUUGAGAGGAAGUUGUCACAGAUGAUUCUGGACACAAAAUUUCACGGUAUUUUGGACCAAGGCGAGGGUGUGCUGAUCAUCUUCGAUGAGCCUGCAGUAGACACAACGUAUGAGGCGGCCCUGGAGACCAUUCAGAACAUGAGCAAAGUGGUGGACUCACUCUACAACAAAGCCAAGAAGCUCACAUAGAGGAGACCACCUGUAACCCAGCACAGAGYGUGUCCAGCCAGUUUGUGAAGCACUCCGGGAUGGGGAGAGGGUGGUGGGGGGGGUGUUCGGACUCAAACAACCCAGCAAGWAAAUAAACCAACUGACCAACCCACAAACUGACAUGGCUAGGCUGUCGCCCACCCCUCUUCAAUUCAGACUGGGUACAUUUUUUAAAACUGUUUCCCCCCAACGAACAUUACAACUACUGGCAUCUCCAUCACAGGUUUCUAUGUUCCUCGGCAUCCCCCUCCUCCCUUCCUUGCUGACCAUCAGGGAAUCUUGUAAAGAAACAUCUACAUAACAUGUAUGAUACAUAUAGGUCUCUGAAAGAGUGUAAUUGGUAAGCUCACACUGCUUAAAGGUUCAGUUCUGUUGCCAAACAACCUCUGUGUUCUUGCCUUCAUCCCCCCCAACAMACACAGACGGCAGUCUGGGUCUGUUGGCUUUGGGCAAGAGUGGACAGAGAACGGACCACUGUCCCUGCGARCACGCCACAGGAAAARGACACAGUCAUCGCCAUACCGUUUCAUAGUUCCCAGAGCUGGGUCAAUAUAUUGUUUGUUUUAUCCUGCCUGGGGUACCAGGAGGGUGUGGUUUUCCUUUUUGGGACUUUUCUAUUGGUUCCAGCUCAAUCGAGAACAGAUAAAGUACCUGAUAUGAUCUCUUAUACUAUUUGACACCAGGUCUAAUUGUUUCCCUCCCUGCCUCUAAUUCCAGUUUGUACAUAAUGUUGCCAAGUGUCUCUGUCAGGCCUGUCAUGCUAACACUCCACCCACCCCUUUUUUUAAUAUAUAUAUAUAUAACACUAAACGAGAAUAAAAUAAGCCCCCAGUGUGCUUUUGUGAGUGGUGGUGGAAAUGAUUGACCUGGUUGAAUGGAUUGUGACUGGCUGACUGACAGGGAGAGUGAGUUGGUUGUUUAUUCCUCAUGUAUUCAAACGACUGUGGCUCAUUUGCUGAAAAAUAUAAAAGCUGUAAGGUUUGGGGACUACUUUUUGCAAGGACUACUAGUCUACCAUUUCCCAUAUGACAGAUAAAAGACAAGUGCUAAUAAAUGUUGAAUGUCACAGCUUAAUUUUCUGUUUGGAGGAACUAAACUAGAUUGACUAUCAUCUUGACCCCUCUGUUUUUGCCUAUUAAUCAAGAAAUACCUUGAUCAGUUCUCUGUAUAUAGAUUUUUAUCUUGCAUAUGUCAUCAUAUUCAGAAUAUUUGCUGCAUUUAUCAGGAUAAAUGAAUUGUUCCAUUUUAGACAACUCGAACAUAAGCAAAAGGUGAUUGGACAGUCAGCGCUACAGCGAGUCUGGGGUCUGUUCACCMAACCAUUUUACCCAGCUAGGGCAUCUUGACAUAGCCCAGUGGGGUCUCACAUGGCACAUUUCGAAUGAAUGUCAUGAUGUAGCUACACUUAUCAGACACCAGGGGGCACUAUUGGAUUGGAMUUUUCAAAAGUGAAAUUGUUUCAGUUGGUCACAUGAUGGGGGAAAAUAAUAUCUUUAGGUUGACUAAUUUGUUCAAAUAUGUCUGUUUAUAAAUCCUUCACGCUUUGCUUGAGCCAUAUUUGUAUCUUUAUUGAUGCACCUACUGUCUGACAAAAGUACUAUGGAAUAAUAGGCUACAUGCUAAUUCAAGGAACWUUUCCCUCAAAUCAAAGUAUGUCAGAUGUUUUCAGACUUCAAAAGUGGUUUAACCUAAUAAAUAAGACUGCAUUUUA